ACGUGAUCAAGAGAACACUCUUCACAAUGAAGAUAAAUGUCAAAAUUUUACACACUCAUGUAUUUCUAAAUUUAAUGUAACAUUUAAAUGAAUUUUAUAUAUAGAUAUAGUCUCUGAAAUGUACACGUUCUGUUGACUAGUUUUAAAUGAUGAAUGCAAGAUAAGGUAGAGGAUAGACGGCCUUGAACUUCAACCGUUCACCUGAAGUUGAACCGGGUUAUCGAUAGUGCUUGUACAGUUGUAUCUCCAAAGUGUACAAAGAUGCCAUCACUUCACAUGUUAGGUCACAUGGUUGCCAUGGCAGUGAUUGCUACUCUGGUGAAACAGAUCAUGGAACUAAAUGCUGAAGUAAAUAAACUAAAGGGUCAACUUGGUGAGAUGAGGGACACUCUUGGAUGUGCCGAGCAUGUCAGAGAAUGUGAUGAGAACAAUAAAAAUACUUCUGAUACUUCUGAAGAUGCUCAUAAUACUGAAAAUGAAGAUGAACUGUCUGAUAAAACUGGAAAAGAAAGUAGGAAAAAUGAUUCAGUGGAAAGAGGGGAAGUAGCAAAGAGUAUUCCUGUAGCUGGUCAGGAUUAUGUAGAACUUGGUUCUGUGUAUUCUUCUGUUUGGUGUCAUGAUGGUAUUAAUCAAGUGUGCCAGUUUGAAAACAUUUGUUACAACUCAAAAGCUGAAGAGUUUGCCUUGUUUAAACAUAAAUCAAGCACAUUUGAAAAUGUUAAAAUAGAACAUGGUUCUAUUACAAUGGACUUAUCUUCAGUUAAAAAUCAUAAUGCUAUGGAUAUGUCAGUUAUUAGUCUACCAAGUGAUGCUUUCUCAAGAUUUAAAACUAAGUGGAUAAAUGAAACAACACUGGUUUUCAAACCCUUUUUAUCUGGCAACCUUAUGCAUAUGUUCCACGAUGACAUCAUCCCAUUACAUCAUACAUUAAAACUAAUAACAAUGGGUGAUAUGCAACAAGAGGAAAAACAUCCAUUUGAAGUUCAGCUGUUCAUUUUUGAUGAUGAAUUCAAUGUUGAUGAUGAAAUUAAACAGUUUUAUGAAGUUUUUUCAAGAUUUAAAAUCAAGUCAAAGACAGACUUCCAAGAUGAAGAUGGGCUGAUAUGUUUUAGGUCAAUUUUCAUUGGCCUGUCAAAAACAACAACGUGGUAUGAUUAUGGCUUUUCAAAUCCUCAGGGACCUUUAUCAGACUCCAAAGUUGACAGUUCACACAUAAAUAGUGCAGUUUCAUAUCUCAGGCAGCAUUUACCCCUUGCAUCAGAUAAUUACAAUUCUCAGGAAUAUGUUGUGAUGUUCACAAGGAAGGAGAACAGAAAAAUUAUGAAUGAUUUAGAGUUGACGUUAAAAAUUUUGAGGACGGUUGGGAUGAAAGUCAUGAAUCUUAACUUUGAAUCAUAUUCCGUAUCGGAGCUCAUUUCUUACACAAGCAAGUCAAAAGGUGUAAUAGCUAUGCAUGGAUCAUUGUUAAUCUUAAGUAUGUUUUUAAAACCAGGUUCUUUUGUCAUGGAACUUUUCCCAUAUGCUGUGAAUCCUUCAAAUUACACUCCUUACAAGACACUUUCACAGCUGAAAGGAAUGGGUUUGAUUUACAAGUCAUGGACCAAUCAUAUUAAAGAAAACUCUAUCGGGCAUCCUGAUUGGCCGCCUGAGUCAGGUGGAUUAAAUCAUUUAGAAGAGGAUGAAAGGGAGAUAAUUUUACAGCAAACAGAAGUUCUGCCACAUCUAUGUUGUGAUGAUCCUUCUUGGUUGUAUCAUAUUUAUCAAGAUACAUUUGUCAAUACCAGUGAGAUUUCAACUUUGGUAAAAGAGGCUUUAUCAGAAAGUCGGUCAAAAUCUGAAGCAGAGAACAAUACAGGGUUAACUUUGCAUCCAUCGAGAGUCCAGAAUGUAUCUUGUAAUAUUUCACAUACCGAUACCUCAGGAAAACGCACUCAGGGAGGAAUGGUGACAGAUCCCUUAAAAUUGAAAUGGAAUAUACCAUGGACAACAUUUUACAUGGAACUUGAAAGUUUACAUUAUGAAAUAUUGUUACAAAAUUUGAAUACAGACAGUAUUUUGUCCUUUAAGUCAAGAAUUAACAAAUUAGCUGUAGAAGCCGACUGCUCAGGGCAGUGUUACGUUUGGGUGAGAGCUGUGAUAAAUAAUAAUUAUACAGGUCCUUAUAGUAAAGCUACAUUCUGCCAUAAUGAUCUCACAUAAAAUUUGAAAUGUACUGGUUCUAAAAUAAAUUCUUGUUAAAGGGUAAGGAAAGCCAGAAAACAAGUUAAUUCUAUAUGAAAGCCAUCAUUAAGCCAUUCAUAACGCUGAAAGAAUUUUUAAAAUCGGACCUCUGUUGAAAAAGGUAUGGCAGUUUGAAAUUUAAGAAAAUAGCUGAUCAUGGAGGCAGCCAUUUUAGUGUGUUUAUGACGUCAUUUACACACUGCUGAAUACUUUAUUUUAGCAAAUAACCUUUUAUUGGAUUAAUUUUCAUAUGUUUCUUGAGUGUAAGGUGUAAGACAUCACUUCUUUCAUUAUAGCUGGAAAAAGUUGAGAAAUUAUUUUACAGAAAUAAGUAAAUACAGUUCAGAUGUGUAUAUAAAAAUUUAAUUAA